CUUUACUUUGCUAAUAUGUAGAAACUAUAAUCAGAUAUUUAGUCAUGUUUUGCUACAUUUGUAAAAGUAGUUGUGUUCAUGCUUGCUAUUUGAAUGGUUUGGGUAAAAGAUUGGAUUUGAUAGAAUAAGAUAAUACUAAUGUGGGAUUGGUAAGGUGAUAAAGAUCUUGGUUCCUUAAUUAAUGAAUCUAGGGAACAGAAAAAAUAUUUGCUAAGGGAUCAACCCUCUUCAUGGGACUUAAGCUAGGUCAGGCCGGGUUAGCAAGGUUCCUGUUAAAGAGCUUGAUUCUGUAAAUUUUGUGUAAAAUUAUUUUUUAAACUGACAUCUAAUUAGGUGUUUUAUAUAAUUAAAAGUAACUUCUUUUUGAGAUAUUUGGUGUGAAAAUGAACUGUUUUUCUUUUUUCCUUUUUUAAUUUAUCUGUAAGAUCUGAUUGGAAGUAAUACAUGGAAAUCAAAUUAUUAUUCCCUAAUGUCAUCCAUUUUCAUAUCUUUUUAUUUUGUAUUAAAUUUUUGGAUUAAUUCUUCCCCCGCCCCCUGUAUUAGUCAAGGGACAUGUAUUUCCUGCAAAAGCUUCUGAAUUUGAAAGGAGAUGAUGGUUUCAGAAUGAAUGAAGUGCUUGUGUCAUUGUGGUACAUAAUGGGUUUGUGGCCUUUGGCCUAUAGCAUGCCGUUACUUCCUACAGAAAUGAGCAAAGUUCCUGUUUGGCCCUUCCUUUUACUUUCAUGUUUUGGCGGUGCAUAUGCGCUUCUUCCUUAUUUCAUACUUUGGAAUCCACCAGCACCUCCGAUAGAAGAAACUAAGCUUAAAUCAUGGCCAUUGAUCUUUCUUGAAUCAAAAGUAACUACAGUGGGUUCAACUGUGGAAAUGAUAGAUUUAGAUAGGGAUGAUGCGGGAUCAGAAGAUGCUAACCUUUUGUUUAGUGGUCAUAGAGCAAGAAUCACCUGUAUGAGAGAUAGACUGCCUCAAUCGGAUAUACAUUCGGCGGCGGCAUGUUCGAGAUGAAUGAAGUGAAGGGUGGCAGUCAAUAAGGUGCCCGAACUUAUGCUGGUGGUGAUGGAUCAAGACAACCAACUAAACUUGAGUUGGAGCAAGCAUUCCACCAAGGCAAGUAUAUUGCCACCAUCACUAAGAAGCUCAAGAAAGAAUGAAACUAUCCAUAAAUUAGGAUAUUGAAUCCUUAUGAGUCCACUAGUAGUUACUUAUCAUCUAAUGUAUUCAGAUUGUGUUAUUGCAUGGAAAUAAUUGCUUCUUAUUAUAAAGAAAGCGCUUUGUACUCACUGGUGUGUUUUUCUAUUUGUACCAUCAUUAAAAAUUUGUAUUUAUUAAAUUU